AACUGAUGUUUUUUUCCGACAUAAUUGUAUUCUUAAGGCCGCUGUAUUUCGCUACUAUUAUCCCGAGUGGAAGCCCCUUAUUAUAUGCGAUAGAAUAAGUAAUUGUCAAAAACACCUGAUGAUUGCAGAAGUACAACAAAAGAUUCCGGUAUUCACAAGUGUAAAAUAUACGCUCAACAGAAUGAAAUAAAUUUAAUUAAUGUAUCAUAAAUAAAUAAUUCUCGUGCUCAAGUCCAAACAGUAGUAUACAUUUUAAGAAUUGUUGAGAAAUUGGAUAGAACAAGAAUAAUGGCUUACGGUUCAAGGAAGAAAGUGCCGAAACUGCAGGGAUAUCACUUCUACAAACGCGAAUUGUGUCUAUAUUUUGGAGUAUAUUUUGCCUACCUCAUAUACGGACUAUGGAUUCUGUUUGACUUGCGUAAAGUAUUACAACAACGUUCUGGAUUUACACGUGACCCUUUCAACUACGAGUUGGACAUAUUCAAUAAUUAUGUCCGAUCGAACUGGCAUUGGUACAUCGUACAUGCCAUAAUUGCAACAGGCUCAAAGUUUUUCUUUAACCGAGACAAUAUCGGACUUGCAUUCGCAUGUGUAUCAAUCCCAUCAUUGUUGAGCACUCUUCAGUUCCGAAUGAACAUAUUUCUUGGCACAAUGCUUUUAAUAUUUUAUUUAGUGUCAUAUAUUGGCAAUAGAAAGUUGAUAUGGUUCGCAACAGCCUUAUGGGUAGCAGUACUUAAUAUUUUAGCAUUAAAUAUCGGCAACUUUUCAGACGAACAAGACAUUUUUUAUACAUUUAGUGUAAUAUUAUUUUGGACUUUGUUGCGUUGUUGCAGUUUUGCACAUUUUUGGGCCGAUAUAAAAAAGGUAGACCUUUUAAAAUUGUCCACAGUGACACACUAUCUAGGAUACACAUUAUACUUUCCUACGCUUGUAAAUGGUCCAUUUUUGGACUAUAAAAGAUAUAUUGUUAUAUUAAAAAAAAAGGACGCAUAUACAUUCUUUAAUGAAGUGAAAUAUUUUGCUUAUGAAAUAGUGCGAAUUUUCUUCUGGUGGCUUGUUUUAGAGCUUGGAAUGCGUUACUUAUUUGUACAUUACAUGGCUGUAGAAACAGACAAAGCGAAACUUGUGAGAUCACCUUUCGGACGGCAUGCAAUCGGGUAUUUCUUAGGUUUGUCCUUUUUCAUGACGUAUUUCGUAAAAUAUGGCUUAGGAAUUGCUUCCUCCCGUUACGAUGGGAUGCAUCCUCCAAGUAAACCACAAUGCAUUGGUCAUGUCCAUUAUUAUUCGAAUAUGUGGAAACAUUUCGAUCAAGGACUUUACGAAUUUCUAUUUGAUUACAUUUACCAGCCAUUAGUUAAUGCAAAUUAUUCAAAAUUCGUGUCCACGGUGCUCACCUUUGCAUUUGUUUUCAUGUGGCAUGGUUGUCAGACUGAGAUUCUUAUCUGGACAGUAAUGAAUUUCUGGUGUCUGAUAUUUGAGAAGUUAUUGAAGCACGCUAUGCGGUCAACGUUCUACAAAAGUUGCAUUGAACAAAAUUUGGGUAAACAACUGUCACAACGUUUUCAUGCAAUAAUUUUUAGCCAACUUUUCAUUGUGGCUGCUUUUGCGAACGUUUUCUUUAUUGGUAGUCCCGAAAUGGGCGUAUUUUUGAUAUUGAAUGCAUACCGGAAUGGUUUUGCGAAUUAUCUUGCAUUAUCAUUUUGUUGCUACUGUUUCUUUCAAUGCUCUGAAUUAAUAUCUAUGAAACUUUGGAAAGAAAAUGUAAAAUGGAAAAGAAAAGCUAAAUCAAAUUAGCUAGUUUGUAAAACUGUAGUUUAUUAAUGGCAAAUUAAUUAAAAAUACCGAUUGAAAAAAAAUUGUAAACGUUUAUUUUGUGCAAGUAAAAUUUUUUGGUCAUACAGACAAAAUAAUAAAAAGGUUAUUUUGCUAUUUAUUGCGUCGAAGUGGGAUGUUGAAGUAAACUCAGCUGGAAAAUUUGACAAUCAUAUGGCAGCAAUAUUUUUUGGCACCUACGCUGAACUGAGGUUUGCAAAUUAGACAAUAAUCAAAAUUAACUGGAUGAAGUUGAAAUGAGCUUCUUAAUUCAACUCAUACAAAGUUUUAUACAAAAAAUGCUUGCGCUUUUAUCGUUUGGCCAAAAAACCAUUACAAGCAGUUUAAGUAUAUAUAUUAAAACCAACACAGGACGAACUUUAGCUGUGAAUUUAGAACCACAGUGGGACAUAAAAAAUGUUAAGGAAAUUGUUGCACCGCAAUUGGGUUUGCAACCCGAAGAAGUAAAAAUAAUCUUCGCUGGUAAGGAAUUGAGUGAUGCAACAACCAUUCAGGAAUGUGAUUUGGGCCAGCAAAGUAUAUUACACGCAAUACGUAGUCGUCCUCAACCACAGCGACAACGCUUACAGUUCACAGUAAUGGAGGAGGAGCCCCAAGAUGUUAUGAACAUAUCUACUUCUACUGGUAGAGCAACACCUUCGCCUCCAGAAGAACCUUCCAAACCUUUAUGCGAAACAUUAGUAGAUUUACAGCUGCUGAGCGAAGAACGCAUAAAUAUUACUGAAGAAGAUCGUCAACGUACAAAAGCUCACUUUUUUGUGCAUUGUGCCCAAUGCAAUAAGCAUUGUAAGGGGAAAUUACGUGUUCGCUGCUCACUUUGUAAAGGAGGCGCAUUUACGGUGCAUCGUGAUCCAGAAUGUUGGGAUGAUGUAUUGAAACCUCGACGCAUAACUGGUCAUUGUGAAAGCAAAGAAAUUGCGUGCUUUGAUAAUGAAACGGGAGAUCCGCCAUAUACUGAAUUUUAUUUUAAAUGUAGUGAGCAUGUCUCUGGUGGAGAGAAAGAUUUCGCUGCUCCUUUAAACUUAAUUAAAAUUAAUAUUAAAGACGUACCGUGUUUGGCAUGCACAGAAGUUAGUGAAACUGUUCUUGUCUUCCCCUGUGAAUCGAAACAUGUUACCUGCCUAGACUGUUUUGAGCAAUAUUGUCGUUCACGACUGUCCGAGAGACAAUUUAUGCCACAUCCCGAUAUUGGGUAUACGCUACCAUGUCCAGCGGGAUGCGAAAGCUCUUUCAUAGAGGAGAUUCAUCACUUUAAGCUUUUGUCGCGAGAAGAAUAUGCCAGAUAUCAGCGUUUUGCAACGGAAGAAUAUGUAUUGCAGGCUGGCGGUGUAUUGUGCCCACAACCUGGCUGUGGCAUGGGGUUAUUAGUGGAACCAGAAUGUAAGAAAAUAACCUGUCAGAAUGGCUGUGGCUAUGUCUUUUGUCGUAAUUGUUUGCAAGGAUAUCAUUUAGGAGACUGCUUGCCAGAAGGUACAAGCACCAACUCCAGCGGUUCUUGUGAAUAUUCUGUGGAUCCAAAUCGUGCAGCUGAAGCUCGUUGGGACGAAGCGAGCAAAGUCACGAUCAAAGUCAUGACUAAGCCAUGUCCAAAAUGUCGCACACCUACAGAGCGAGAUGGCGGUUGUAUGCACAUGGUGUGCACACGGGCCGGCUGUGGCUUCGAAUGGUGCUGGAUUUGCCAAACGGAAUGGACUAGGAACUGCAUGGGUGCACAUUGGUUUGGAUAAACCUUAGGCAAGUGUGCCCACGGCCUUUAUGAACAUAUUAAAUUACUAUGCUACGAUUGAAUACGUACGUAGUAUUUGUGUAAAAAAAUAUAUUUGAAUUCGUACUCGUAUAAAGUUUUAUAAAAGGACUUAUAAAGUUAUCAUUGCUUGAUUUGUUAAAAUCAAAAUAAUUAAUAGGUAAUAAAGUUAAUAACAAAAA